CGCGCAUGCUCAGUGAGACCGCAUCCCGAGUCCUGACGAGCGAGUGGAAAUAAACAAAAGCUAGCAGGAGGCAAAGCCCCGACAUCAUGAGUCCUCCAGCUUUGCCUGUUGUUCACUGCUGCUGUCACAGGAAAAUCUGGUUACACUCCGCAGCAGAAGGGAGACGCAUCUCUUUUUUCCGCCCAACUGUUAUCUGCCCCCAGACGAUGGUGCGGAAGGAGGAUCGCAAUGAAUAGAUACACUACUAUCAGGCAGCUCGGGGAUGGCACCUAUGGCUCAGUCAUUCUCGGCCGCAGUCUGGAAUCGGGGGAACUAGUUGCCAUCAAAAAAAUGAAGAGGAAGUUCUACUCCUGGGAAGAAUGCAUGAACCUCCGUGAAGUCAAAUCCUUAAAGAAACUCAACCACGCAAAUGUUGUCAAGCUUAAGGAGGUCAUCCGAGAGAACGACCACCUGUACUUCGUGUUUGAGUACAUGAAGGAGAACUUGUAUCAGCUCAUGAAAGACAGGACUCGGCUGUUUCCCGAAUCGGCCGUGAGGAACAUUAUGUUUCAGAUACUACAGGGGCUCGCGUUCAUUCACAAGCACGGUUUUUUCCAUAGGGAUAUGAAACCAGAGAAUCUCCUGUGCAUGGGACCAGAACUAGUGAAAAUUGCCGACUUUGGGCUUGCCCGUGAGAUAAGAUCACGCCCACCAUACACCGACUAUGUCUCAACUAGAUGGUACAGAGCCCCAGAAGUGCUCCUCAGAUCCACUUCCUACAGUUCUCCCAUAGACCAGUGGGCCGUGGGUUGCAUCAUGGCAGAGCUUUACACCCUCAGGCCUCUUUUCCCCGGCUCCAGCGAAGUGGACACCAUAUUCAAAAUCUGCCAAGUCUUAGGAACGCCAAAGAAGAAUGAUUGGCCAGAGGGCUACCAGUUGGCUAGUGCCAUGAAUUUUCGCUGGCCUCAGUGUGUGCCCAGUAACCCAAGGACGCUGAUUCCGAAUGCCAGUGCUGAAGCCAUCCACCUAAUGAGGGACCUGAUCCAAUGGGACCCCAAGAAGAGACCAACCUCUGGCCAGGCCCUUCGGUACUCCUACUUCUGUGUGGGUCAGGCUUUAGGCACUCCUCAGCAGAUCCUGGAGCAGGGCAGGCCUCAGCCAUGUCCCACACCAUUACAGGCCCCACCACAGUCGCAGCAGACCCUGCCCCAGCAACCUCUGCUGCUCAAACCGGUGCCCCCUGCCCAGCCGCCACCUCCCAACCAACACUGCUCCCCAUCCAGGCCUCUUCAACAGAUCCAGCCGUCGCUGGUGUCAGCACCCAUCCAGGCCCCGCUGUUCCCACAGCGCACAGAUCUGGUGCGAGAGCAGCUGCCCAACCCCUCGCUGAAGGCUGAGCGGAGCGAGGGAACGCCGCAAAGCCAGCUCCCUUACAUCGUGGACAAGGGUCUCCAGAACAAGGAGUCCGAGAAUACAAACCUGCUGAACUAUCAACUGAAGCCCAAGGGUGGCCGCCGGCGUUGGGGGCACGGCACCGGACUUGUUAAAGGGGAGGACUGGGACGAGUACGAGGACGCAGACCUGAUUUCGCUUACUGUUCUCAACAAAACUCGGUUCUCCGGAGAGAAGUCAAGGCAAGCCAAGGACACACAGAGCAGGUAUGGAAAUGUUCUGGAUUUCAGCAAGCCUAAUGGGAAGGAAGAGGCCCCAUUAAACCUGAAUAAGACUGCAGGAUACCAAGAGUCAUCAAGGACAGCCUCUGCAAAACAGCACUACCUGAAGCAGUCAAGAUAUUUACCCGGAAUCAGUACAAAGCAGAACAUGGCCAUAGAUUCUAGCAAAGACCCCAGCGGAAGCCACCUUUGGGGCAACAGCAGUAUUCCUUUUGGAGGGACUCUGCCGAACAGAGGAACUCACGGUACAAAUACUCUACCAAGUGGAUAUGUGCCAUCCAUUUACAAGAAAGAGCUUGGUUCUGCUGGACAGAGAGGGCAACCUGGACCAAUAGUGGAUUCAACAGCAUCAAAUUAUGCAACAUGGAGGUCUAGCCGGAGCCAAAUGAGCACCUCGGCUUACGCGCCAUCAGCCAACAAGACGACCGCGGGUCUUCUGCCUCGUCCCCCAGUGCAGACCAUUCAUGGGCGAACGGAUUGGUCCGCCAAAUAUGGAUACCGCUAGUGGCUUUUUGGGGGCACAGAUUUAUGCCCUGGGUGAGAUAUUUGUGCUCCUAAGAACUCUUUCCUCUCCAAAGAGUAGGCCUAGAUCUUUUAUAAUCAAGAUGUGUACAUAUAUAUCCUAUAAAGCAAUAAAAUUUUGUUUCACUGUGUACUACAUACUGUAUGUUGUGUGGCGUAGUAUUUCCUAAGUGUGCGUGUAUGGAUAAAUGCAACCAACCCAAAGUUUAACCCAUUCAUGUUUUUGAAUUUUGCUCAAUUUUUGAUUUUCGGGAUUUCUUUUACAUCAGCAUUACAAAAAUGUAGCCCUGUUCAAGUUACCCCGGUGCCAUCGGUCUUGUAUUGUAUUUAUUAUCAUCACACAACUUUCACUAACCAGUGACUGUAUGUAUGCAUAAAGUAAACAUGAAAACUGCACUGUGACUUCUGUUUUCGGCCAACCAGUUACUUUGCCUUAGUAUGCUGUUGCGUUAUUGUUAUUGCUGUAUUAAUAUGCAAUUUUUUAUUACAUUUUUUAUACAGUGCUUUGUUUCAUGAACCUGAGCAUCCAGGUAACGUCCUCUGUAUUAUUUUAAUUUUGCCAUUUUUUUUAAGUGAAGCUCAAGGAAGUCCAUUAAUUUAUGAUGUGGGAAUUCAACGCAAAAUACUGUUUAAAUAUUUAGCAUACAAAUGCUCCGCUCUGGUGUCAGUCUUCUUUCAGGCCGCAGACUUUAAAUUUGUCCAACUUGAUUUUCUGGGCUAAAUUCUUGGCCUCGCUAUGUAACUCGUCAGUCACCAGGUUUCAUGAAAUGUUUUAUUUGGUAUGUUGAAUAUUAAAUAUUUGA